AUGGUGAUUACCAACACAACUGUUUCAGAACCAAUCGAGUCACAAUCUCAAACACUCGAAUAUAAUCAUCCUCUUUUUCUGCAAUCUACCGAUGUAAGUGGAGUUUCUAUAAUCUCUUUCCAAUUGAAAGGUAGUGAAAACUAUACUAGAUGGAACAAAUCAAUGAAACUUGCAUUAUUAGGUAGGAAUAAAUUGGGAUUUGUGAAUAGUAAAUGUAAGAAAGAAAACUAUCCUAAGAAUUUGUGGGAUCAGUGGGAACGUGUGAAUGCUAUUGUGUUGUCAUGGCUUAUGAAUUCUAUAGAUGUCAGUGUAAUAGGUGGAAUUGUGUAA